AUCACUGUUUGCGGUGGUGGCAAUGCAGCCCAUGUUGCAGCCGGUAGGCUUGUGAGCGGGACUCGCUGGCAUGGCGCCGACGUCAAGCUUUUCUUCUCCUUUGAGGAUGAAGCCAAGCGCUUCCGCGAGGGCUGCGAGCGUAACGGCGGCGUCACUGUCACGACGAAGGAGAGUACUUACAAAGGCAUGCCCAUCGCCAUCACGGCCGAUCCCGCCGAGGGCGUUGCGGGCUCGGAUGUGAUCCUUAUGAUCACGCCCGCGUUUGCUCACGAGCCCAUUCUCAAGCAAAUUGCCCCCCAUGUGGCCGAGGGCGCUUUCGUGGGUGCCAUCCCCGGGCCUGGUGGCUUUGAUCUUCUAGCACAGCAUGCCCUGGGUGACACGAUGCAAGAGAAGGAUAUCACCCUGUUUGCGGGCACCUCCCUGCCUUGGGCCUGCCGAUUCACGGCCUAUGGCGAGGCUUGCAGCCUGCUUGGCUCCAAAAGCAACGUGCCUGUCACCAUCAAGCCCCAGAGUGAGGACAAGGCGCAGGUAAGCCUGCUGGACAUUCUGAACCAGGUGCACAUUGGCACCGACUUUCCGGUGCGCGGCCAUUUUCUGAAUACGACGCUGUGGCCGACCAACGCUGUAAUCCACCCAGGAGUGUCCUACGGCAUCUGGCACGACUGGGAUGGCAAGCCUCUGACGGAAGCACCGCUUUUUUAUCAAAACUGCAAUGAGUUCACUGGUCAAGUUCUCUCCAAACUCAGCGAUGAGAUCAUGCUUUGCAAGAAGGUCAUCGAACAACGCACCGGAGCUGACAUGGGCUCUCUUAUGCACAUCAACGACUACAUGAUUGAUUGCUACGGCCAUUCCAUUUCGGACAAGUCUGCCACACACCGUAUUUUUGCCACAAACGAUGCCUUUCGCGGCCUAACGGCACCCAUGACCACGCUGGAAGACGGAACCAUGGUGCCCAACUUCAACAUGCGUUACUUUACUGAGGAUCUGCCGCAUGGUUUGGCGGUGCUACGUAACAUUGCUGAGCUUUGUGAGGUUGAGACUCCCAUGAUGGACGAGGUGCUGCUGUGGGCCCAGGAAAAGUGUGGCCAUGAGUACCUCGUGAACGGCAAGAUCCAGGGCAAAGAUGUG